GCCUGCGAUGACACACUUAUAUACACACACACAUACACACAGAGAGACACGGUACGCCGCUCCCUCCGCCUGCUCUCGGCUGUCUUUGUGGCUCCAGCGGGCGAACAGGCCGUCGUCUCCGACCCUCUGAUCGGUUUCCUGGGCGCUGCUGCUGGGCGCUGAGCGACACGGAGCCUCGGCCGGGAGAGCGACUCUCCUCCGGCUCUUCUACUGUAACACUCGUUUGUUUUAUUUCCACGGCCAUGGAGGGAGGCUCGGUCACCGCGGCAGCUUGUUAGGACACACAGAGAGAGGGACUGAGAUUUAAACCCGAUACGACAGAUCGCUGUUUCUUCAUCGUUCACUGCAGCCGGAGUCUUCAUCAGCAUGGCAGGAGCGCAGGGCGGCUGGGCUCUCUCCGUCGGCCGGGCUUGGUGCGCGGUGCUGCUGCUGGCCUCCCUGCAGCUCCGCCGCUCCGGAGCCUUCAACCUGGACGUGGACAAGCCGACCGUCUUCUCCGGACCCGAGGGGAGUUACUUCGGCUUCUCCGUGGAUUUCUUCAAGCCCAAAAGCAACCAGAAGUCAGAUGUUCUGGUCGGAGCUCCUCGGGCGAACACCUCUUCGUCGCCGAGCAGCGUGGUGGAGAGAGGAGCGGUGUACAGCUGCCCCUGGAGGAGCGCUACAGGCUGCCAGCAGCUGCUGUUCGACGACACCGAUGACAGGAAGAGUGCAGACGGACAUCAGAUGGACUUUAAAUCCAAGCAGUGGUUUGGGGCCUCAGUGCGGUCUGAUGGAGAGCACAUCCUGGCCUGUGCUCCUCUGUACCAGUGGUCUACGUUUGGUUACUCGGAGCGGGAGCCGGUGGGAACGUGUUUCCUGAAGAAAGGAGGCGUGGUGGUGGAGUACUCCCCCUGCAGGACAAAUGGAAACUCACCAGAGAACCAGGGUUUCUGUCAGGCCGGCUUCAGUGCCGACUUCCUCAAGAACAACAACAGAGUGGUGGUGGGAGGACCUGGCAGCUUCUACUGGCAGGGUCAGCUGAUCUCAGACGACGUCUCGGAGAUUUUCGCUCGUCAGAACAAAAAGAACGACUUCCAGACUCCGUACUCAAACACACUGACCACCAAGGCCGCCAGCGCCCAGUACGACGACAGCUACCUGGGAUACUCUGUGACCGUCGGAGACUUCAACGAUGAUGGGAAAGACGAUUACAUCACUGGAGUGCCCAGAGGGGACAAGGCACUGGGAUAUGUGAACAUCUUCAACGGCCAAAACAUGGAGUCCAUGGUCAACUUCACAGGAAGCCAGAUGGCGGCCUACUUCGGUCACUCUGUCGCUGCCACUGAUGUCAAUAACGACGGCAUGGUCGAUGUGCUGGUUGGAGCUCCUCUCUUCAUGGACAGAGGUUCAGAUGGCAAACUGAGGGAGGUGGGACAGGUGUGUGUGUACCUGGGUCGAGGGGGGUUUUCCUUCCACCCCCCUCAGAAACUGACGGGGUCGGAGGUUUAUGCGAGGUACGGCUCUUCCAUCGCCGCGCUGGGCGACCUGGACAUGGACGGAUUCAACGACGUGGCCAUCUCGGCUCCGUACGGCAGUCCGGACCACAGAGGGCUGGUCUACAUCCACAACGGCCGACCCGGCGGUCCCAACCCCACACCUUCCCAGGUCCUGCAGGGGAAAUGGGCGUCCGCCUACAUGCCUCCUAGCUUCGGAUACUCCAUGACUGGAAACACUGACAUAGACCAGAAUGGAUACCCAGAUUUAAUAGUGGGUGUGUUUGGAGCAGACAAAGCUGUUUUGUACAGAGCUCGACCAGUGAUCAGCGUGAAUGCCACCUUGGACAUCACACCUCAGAUCAUCAACCCCGAGGAUAAGAGCUGCACUCUGCCUGGGACCAGCACUAACGUGGCCUGUUUUAAGGUGAAGUACUGUCUGAAGGCCAGUGGCAAAGAAGCUCCAGCCUCGCUCAGUUUCCGUAUCGACCUGGUGUUGGACCGUCUGAAGCACAAGGAGGCCAACAAGCGCGUCUUCUUCCUGCACAGUCAGACCUACCAGUACUCCAAAAACAUGACGGUGACCAACGGCAAGACGCCGGCCUGCGAGGAGCAGGAUGCCUACCUGAGAGACGAUCGGGAGUUUCGGGAUAAGAUCACUCCCAUCUCCGUGGUGAUGGAGUUCAGCCUGGACUACCAGCAGGCGGCAGAUAAAACCGGCCUGCUGCCCAUCCUGGACAUGAGCGCCCCGGCCAACAUCACCAAGCAGGCUCACAUCCUGUUGGACUGUGGAGACGACAACAUCUGUAAACCUGACCUCCGGCUAGAAGUGAAGAGUGACCGUGAGGAGCUCUACUUCGGCGACGACAACGUUCUCACUCUACAGAUCAGCGCUGACAACCAAGGAGAGGGAGCGUACGAGGCCGAGCUGCACAUCUACGCCCCCCCACAGGCCGACUACACCACUGUGGUCCGCAGACAGGGUCUGUCCAGACUGUCCUGUGCCUACAGGAAAGAGAACCAGACGAAACUGGUGGUGUGUGACCUGGGAAACCCCAUGAAGGGAGGAACCAAGGUGCUGGCGGAGGUGCGGUUCAGCGUGCACCAGCUGUCAGAGCAGGACACCUCGGUCAAGUUCGACCUGCAGAUCGUCAGCUCCAACCAGUUCAACAACACCAGCCCUGUGGUCUCCAGCAUCACCAAGCUGGCUGUCAUGGCUAAAGUCGACAUCAGAGGUGUUUCAGCUCCAGACCAGAUUUUGCUCCCCAUCGCCAACUGGAAACCCAAAGAUCCUCCAGUGGAUGGAGACGACAUCGGACCGACAGUAUUGCACGUCUAUGAGCUCCAUAACGGCGGUCCCAGUACAUUCAGUAAGGCAGUGCUGAACGUCAACUGGCCCUACGGCCUCCAAAACGGCUCCCUGCUCUACAUCAUCAUGCUCGACACCGAGGGACCCAUCAACUGCACCACCGACAUGGAGAUCAACCCGCUGAACAUCUCUAACCCGGUGGUGGCGGAGAAGAACACCAGCACCGGCACCGUGCCGUCAGGAGACGGAGGCAUGGAGGGACGAGGACGAAACCACGUUCACAAGAGAGACCUGGAGGCCCAAAACACACAGGAGAACCUGCACAUACUGGACUGUGCCACAGCAAAAUGUCUGCAGCUGCACUGUCAGGUUGGUCGUCUGGAGAGAGGGAAGAACGCCAUCCUGUUCAUCUACUCCCGACUGGCCGUCAACAGCUUCCUGAAGGCUGAAAACCAGAAUCGCUCCUAUGUGGUUCGAUCCUCAGCCACCUUCAGCGUCAUCGAGAUGCCCUACAAGAACCUGGUGCCUGAGCUGCCAACUAACAGCACUUCUGUGGGUGUGAAGGUGCAGUGGUUGGCUGAUGGCCCCCAGUCGGUGCCGGGCUGGGUGGUGGCUCUGGCUGUGCUGGCAGGCCUGCUGCUGCUGGCCCUGCUCAUCUUCAUCAUGUACAAGCUGGGUUUCUUUAAGCGAGUGCGCCCCCCGCAGGAUGACUGCACUGAGAAGGAGCAGCUGCAGCCAGAGGAGAACGGCAACACUGACGCCUAGUGGUCACUGUGUGGAAACGCAGCGACUGGCCUGUACAGAAAUGAGGAUGACGUCAGGAGGAAGAAUUCAGGGUAAAAUUCCCCAUCGGGGAUGGAUCGCGAGGAAAAACUUCACCCGAAAUUUCACUGUAUUCACUUUUAAAUGCAAAGUAAUUCUACUUGUUAGAGUUGUAUAAGGUAAUUUCUGUUUUAUUUUUUUUUUUUUUUAUAAAGGAUUGAGUUUGUGCCAAAAGCAAGAGCCUCCCUCUGCAGGUUUUCCAUCAAAAUAUCACUGGUCACGUCUGAAAGCACACACCCGCACUGUGAACUCCACACAGAGUCCAGUGAGAUACACUGAAAAGUUUCUCCACCUGAAAAUAAGACAUUAUCCUUCAUUUGUCCUCCUUCAUUAAUUUGGGCCUGUUAUGAUAUCCAGUGUCUCCAUGGGGAUCACUGAUUGAUUUGACAAAUAUCAGUGUAAAUUUGCAAUAUUUCUUUACAGUUCCAACUUGAAUCAUGGGGCUACAGGUUGUUGCUGCUCAAAAAGUCCAAAACUGCUUAUUGUUUUUAAGGUUCAAGGAUCAAGAAAUCCUAAUUUUCAACCUGACUCAAGCUCACUGUGUCCAUAUGAGCAACAAUGUCCUCUAAACCCAGAGAAAAAUUAGAGGAAAAAUAAAAAUACAGCCGUUUUGAAGGGCUAUUUUUGUAUUAAUGUACUGCACAGUGCCGCUGAAGUCAAGUCCUGUUCAGCUCAGAGAUAUAUACACACACACACACACACACACACACACACACACACACACACACACACACACACACACGGAGCAGGUUUGUCUGGAGAAGCAUCCUGUGUGAUCGUGACCUCUGACCUUUUCGGAGUGGCUCUUAACCUUUGACUGCUGGUGCCUCAUGUUUGCAGCCCUGAGCUCCGACCACUAACAACACAACACAGACAGCAAUAACACAGGAGUAACAGCGUUAAAGACGUUGAGUAAUAACUACAUUUGUCACGCCUCGCAGCCGUUGUACGAAUGUGUUUCUUCCUCUCCUCCUGCACUGAGGCUGCUCUGUGUCUGUCUGGAAGCAGCACAGAUGCAGGGUGUUCAGAAAGCUAAACACAAAUCUUUUUCUUGAUAAGACUGGUGGUUAGUAUGGAUAUGGCGUGUACAGUAAUAUAUUUAGAUUUUCCUUAUGAUAAUUCAACAUUUUCCUUCCUGCUGUGUGUGAAAGUAACCCUCAGACUACACUGGAAGCUUCCCAACCUAUUUUUUUCUUUUUCAACAUGUGCGUUGAGCUCCAGUCCUACUCCGUUAAAAUACAUCGCCUGGAAGCUUAUUUUUAAAAAUGUCAAAAAAAAAAAAAAAAGUUUAAGUUAUAAUGUUAACUUGCACAGUCUGUUAUGAACGUCAGGUUUUCUGUUGCUAAAUUAAUUUUAUUAUGUGCAGACGACAUGUUUGGGUUAGUGUCGCAUGCUGCUGUGAUAUUUCCUGUCAGCUGGUUUAUGCAGGUUUGCUAACAUGACCACGUCGCCCCCUGCUGUCCAACAAUGCGAAGAGGUUCAUGUAGUCUCAGCUUAUAUGCUAAGCUACGUUGUUCUUGUGUACAGUUAAGUGUCAGGGUAUAUAUUAGCCGGGCCGGAUUGAUUAGUUUCCUGAUUAGAACGAUGAUAUAUUUGGUAAGUUAAAUUCCCAAAUUCGGAAAUCACAAAUUCGUGUUUGUGAUUUCCGAGCUGUAAAAGUUGUCAGAAGCCGCAUGCUCGACUGAACCAACGCCUCGCCAAACGCUGACAGAAGUAAAAAGUUCCUCUUCCAGUGUAGUUUCCGGGUUAGCAUCUAAUCUGCUUUUUCUUUGGGAUUCUGCUCAGAUGUUUUCAUGGUGGUUAUAGUGUUUUGUUUUUGUUUUUUUAUAUAUACUUCUAUGAAAUGUGCCAUUGCAAAAUGACUAAGGAGGGGUUUAUAGUCAUAUAAAAGUCACUGAAUCGCAUUAGAGGGUCCAGGACAUUUCUCUGACUGGAGGUUGUUUUCUGUUGUAAAAUUUUUUUUUUUUUUUUUUUAAAUUGAAUUGAAAACUGAAUUGAGUUUCCUUCCCUCCAGUGGAGUAUUUUUCCUCAGAUUUCAAGUCCUGGCAGGCAGUUUUUAUUUGUGGUGGUGGUUGAUGGUGGGUUUCUGUUUUUUUGUGUGUACGAGUGUGUGAAUACAUGCAAUAAUGUAUAUAUAAAAAAACCUUUGGUACGAAUUUACCCAUAUUGGGUUAGCAUCAGGAACUGAUGUUUGAGGUUUAUGAAAAUUUAAAGAAAAUAUUAAUACAAGUAACAGUCACUAUGAAAUAACUGCACAGGAACAUUUAUCACCACGUGACACAUCUUUAUCUUCUUCACUGAAAUUUUUAGUGACAGCUUUCACUCUGAUCGUUUCUUAUCCCUCAUUAUAAACUCUGAUGUCACUGAUACCGCCAUUUUGUUUCCCUGUUAGCAGGUUUUUGGUUUGAUUAGUAUUUCAUAGUAAAAGUGGCACAAGUUAGAGCUGCACUGAUACCACUGCUGACCUGAUUUUCACACUGAGAGGAAAUUUAUGUCGCUAAUGGGCAAUCUUUUUACUCCAGUAACUUUAAACUACUGUGUCCACAAUGUGAGCAACGCAGUCGCUUGUGGGUGGGGCCAGAGCCUCCUGUUGUGGGCGGGGCCAGAAGUUCAGAUUGCUCCAUAACUACAGUUGCUUCAUUUGGGACAGCUAAAUCAAUUUUUCCCCUCCAUGGUAGCCUUUUAAUAACAUACAAUUAUUUUAACGCAUUAAUAUAGCUAGCUGGCCUAUGCUAAGUCAGUAGCAUUAAUGGAAAAUAAAGGUUCAGAGCGUAUUGAUGGACGCAGCUGUUCUCCAAGGAUCGUUUCUAAGACAUUUAUUCCUGUAGUGUUUUUUUUUUUCUUGUCCAACUAAAAGUUGAAUGGCUGCAGCUUCUUGCACAUUUUGCACUGGUCAGACUUGGUAGCGCUGUUGCUCACAGUGUGAACGUGCUGUAAAUCUGCUCUGUCCACGGGAGCUGAUGAAUGAGACGCAUCUUCAGAGUCAGAGCUGGUCAAGUGGUAUCGGUGCGUCUCCACAGACUUUGAUGUAAACGGGACUAACGGCGUGGUUUUCUCCUGCUGCAGUCGCUCACUGUCGGUCAGUCAGUCCAGAAUAUUCACAAAACCUGAAACUCAACCUAACAUCUCCUGGAGAAUCUGAAUUUGUGAACAUAAAGGAAGUGGUUUUCCUGUCUUGAUUGAGGCAGAAACUCAAAGAAAACCAAAUGAAAUGUCUCAGGCUGACAGACAGAGAGCUGGAGCUGCAGCUCUGUCUGGGUGUUCUGGGGUUUUUAGGAUCGUUUUAUAAUAUUUCCUAUCACACUGUCUCUUCAUUUCCACUGACAGAAGAUAUCGCCUAUUUUUCGAUGUAUGUAUUCUUUCACCUGGAGAAUAAAAAUAAUUAUUUCUUAUGAAGAUGAUUUCACCUUUGAACUGAAAUAAACUAAUUAAAUUGUUCA